AUGCAUAAGUAUUUCACUGGUUUUCUGUUCUCACGUUCAAAUCGAACAACAACGCACAUCUUUACAACACCACUCAUCAUUACCUACUGGCUGAGGAUAACUUUUCCACAGAUAAAUUUUUAUCUGAAUCAAUCCUUCUUCAUACAUCACCCAUCCCUGCUCAACUCAAGCAAAAGUAUCACAACAUAUCAGCAAUUUUCAAACAUGUCGUCGUUCGUGGCAGCUUUUGGUACUGCUGAUAUAGCUUUGAAUGCCGCAGUACUGAUCGCAACGACGCUACCACAGGGACAGAAUCCCAAAGUACAGAUUGGAUGCGGCAGCCCUCCCCUCAAUGAAGAUAUUCCUGCACUCACGGGUGGCAGUAGACCCGACAUUGUCUUGUAUAAUGCUCGCGGACAAGAAAUUCGCAAAAGCCUUGGGGCGACAAACAAACCCGGCGAACAAUUCAUUCCCGGCGCAAAUCCAAUCAUUGAUAUGGGAGAUUUGACGACUUCAUUUUCGUCUUCCGGUUCCAUAACCCCAGAAUACGCAAAGAUUGUGGCUAGGGGAGACGACGCAGUGUGUGUAAGCUAUCUAACCACGCAAAGCGUGGGCAAUAAGGAUACCAGGACUUGGCAUGCUGGUUACACGAAAGAAUGCGCUCGGCUUUCGGGAUCGACGUAUUGGUUUCCCUCGCCAGAGGUGAUACCCGGGACCGACCACCGUCCCGGAUGCAUAUGGCUUAGCCAAGAUAGCAAAAAAGGCUUUCCUGCAGCGAUAUCGGUCAAGCUAACCGACUUCGCGUUCCCCACCAGUGACGACGCAGCCAAAGCCCAGACCCAGUACCAGAAAACACCGAACGUCUUAUGCCAGGCUCCUGGUCGUAUGGCAUUCUGGGCAAAAGCAAGCACUGAUGAAUGUAUCCCGUUCUAUGAUUCCAUCCUCGAGAAGAACAAGACGACUGGGUUUGACGUGGACAAUCAGAAAGUCGUUGACGGGCAUAAGAUCCCAUGCCGGCUCAAGGGUACUCUCAUGAACCAAAUACUAGAGCCUGGAAAAGGACCGCGCACACCCAAUACGUUGACAGAUCAGGAACAGAAGGAGAAAGAUCUGAAAGACGAGGAGAAGCAGCGACAAGAUAAUGAAAACGGCGCUAACCCUAAUACUACGCCAUGCGAAAACAACUUUGGUGGUAUCUGCCGCCAGAUACCAAAGGAAGAAUCUGACCGCAAGCAACAAGAGCAGGAGCAACGUUUGAAUGAAGAUGGUCAGAAUAAAAACGGUGCAGGUCCUGGCGCGAGUGGGUUUGGGGGUCUAUGUGGCUCAAUACCUCAGGAUAAACUUGUGCCUGGCGAGCCAGCCCAAAAGGUUCAGCCGUGUCCGGAGGCGCCCCCUCCCACCAAACCGUCACAGGACGGUGGUCGCCGUCGAAGACUCCGCAACAGAAAGCGAGUUGCGUGAAUCAAUAGCGACAACUGAUGAAGUCAUGCCUGAUUAUGGCGGAAGAUCUAACACGUCCACUUCGAUUUGGAUCGUUCCUCAGUGUAACUUAUCGCUCUGUAUAUGAUGGGCAUAUACCUCGGGUAUUUCGUCUUUUUUCCGUGUCAAACUGGAAGGCUUUGCGUUCAUUAAAUCAAAGCGAAUGGUUGUUUUUUUCGAAGGGUCAUAGAUAGAUCAUAUAUUAGUUCCCUUAUGUGCGUUGGUGCGAGUCCGUCCGGCAUUGACUGCGCAUUUGGUGUAGUAACGUAUACAACGUCUUAAAAAUCUAGUAUAGAUUUACAGAUUUGUAGUGCUAAGAUUAUUAAGGAACUAUAGUACGCUUGUUACUCUUUACUAUAAAAAAAGCUAUAGUAGUGUUCUUACAAGGCUUUCUACUUCUAUUGACCCUGUCUCACUAUGGCAUCCACCCUCACACCCACGCCGCGCGACAAAGCUUUCAAAAUCAACGUGGUCCGGCAUUUGUGCUAGUAUCUCGCCCCUCCUAAUCCUGCUGAAUAAUUUUACAAUACUAUGAUCGCGAUUAAAAUCAUGAUUU